CACACGCACACACACACGGAGCAUCCUCCCGUCAGGUCUCCCGGUCCAGCCCCGCCCGCCGCCUGCUUCCCGCAAGCCUCUCCCUCUCGCCCCACACCAGCCCCCCAUCCCUCGGGCCUCGGGCCCCUGCCCGCCAACCCCCACCCACACCUGGGAUGGAGCGGAGCGAGCCCGCCCGGAGCCCCCUGCGGCCGGGGUGACGGCCUCCGCCUCUCUUCCGCCCGGGCCCCCGCCUCGAGCACUAUGGGCCUGAGGGGUUCCCGAGGCGCUGGCUGCUGAAGAUGCCCGAUGCUGGAGCUCUCUUGAGUCAUGGCUUCUUCAAAGCUUCGAGAACCUGUGGAUGAGGUUUUUGACCUGGACUUGGCCGUGCCAGAGACCGUCAGACUGGACAGCAGUUUACACAAGGCCCGGGCCCAACUGCUGGCCAAGGGCCGGAGACACCGGCCCUCCCGCUCGAGGCUUCGGGACAGUGCCAGUUCCGCUGAGGAUGGUGAAGGCUCCGAUGGGCCUGGAGGCAAGGUGACCGACGGCUGCGGGAGCCCCCUGCACCGGCUGCGCUCGCCCUUACACUCGGGCCCGGGGUCCCCGGCCGGGGGUUCUUUCUGCCUGGAGCCUCCGGGACUGCGGCGCAGCCUGGACGAGGACGAGCCGCCGCCCUCGCCUCUCACGCGCUACCGGCCCCUGCACAACGCCGCCUCGCACGAAGGCCUGGCUGCAGCCUCCUGCUCACCGCCGCGCUCCGCGCCCUCUUCUGACAGCUCGCCGAGUUUCGUGCGCCGACACCCGCGCGCCGAGCCGCACAGCGAAGAUGACAGUCGGGAUGCCAGCCCGCCUGAACCUGCCAGCCCCACCAUCGGCCUGGAUAAGAAGACUCGCCGAAAAUUCCUGGACCUGGGGGUCACCCUACGCCGAGCAUCCACUGGCAAGAGCCGGAAGGAGAAAGGCAGCAACCGCCUGUCCAUGGGCAGCAGGGAGUCAGUGGAGGGCUCUGGCAGAUCUGGGGGCUCCCCAUUUCUGCCCUUCUCCUGGUUCACAGACAGUGGCAAGGGCUCAGCAUCCUCUGGCAGCACCACCUCCCCCGCCUGCUCCCCCAAACACGAGGGCUUCAGCCCCAAGAAGUCAGCUUCUCAGGAAUCCACUCUGAGUGAUGACUCUACACCCCCCAGCAGCAGCCCCAAGAUCCUGAGUGCCCCCCGGCAAGAGGCCAAGUGCUCCUACCCCUAUCACACGCUGUCCCAGUCUUCGGAUGAGUUCCUGGACGAACCCCUCCCCACUGUCCACCACUGGACCAGUCAGCAGGUGGGCCAGUGGCUGCACAGCCUCAACCUGGAGCAGUAUGCUGCUGAGUUUGCUGCACGGCAGGUGGACGGGCCACAGCUACUGCAGCUGGAUGGAAGCAAACUGAAGAGCCUGGGGCUCAGCAACUCGCAUGACCGGGCACUAGUGAAGCGGAAGUUGAAGGAGCUGGCAGCAGCUGCAGAGAAGGAGCGCAAGGCCCAGGAGAAGGCUGCACGGCAGCGAGAGAAGCUGCGGCGCAGAGAGCAGGAGGCCAAGAAGAGCUAGGGGAGGCGGGGGCAGGCGCUGGCACCCAGGCACCGCCACCACCGGGCUCGGCAGCCACAGGCCUCAAUGAGGAGGCUGGGCCUGGGCACCGAGCUUGGGACGGCCUGGUCCCGUGCUCUCAGGGGGCACACGUCCUCUCCCACCCUGUCUGGACCUACAGCCCCCGGAAAGGGAGAGCCCAGGAAGAAGGGCCAGUAAUAAAUUCUGUUU